ACAAAUGUCACCCAUGUCACUUGAUUUUGGAAUGCAGUGGAAUGUGUUGUGUGAAUAACCUAUUUAUUUUAUAUCCCAAGCAAGUUAAUUUAGCACUUUAAAUAAUAUAGUAUCAUUCGAGUGCCUUAUCGUGUCGUGUGACGUAUAAACCACAAUACCGUUUAAGUCAUCAUGGUAGUAUCUGAAGCCCAGGUCCCCGUGGAAGGGGAUGCAGCGAGCAGCAAAAAGGCUGCCAAGAAAGCGGCCAAGGCUGCAGAAAAGCAGCAGAAAAAGGCUGAGCAUAAGGGAGCUGUACCCCAGAAUGAAACAUCAGAACCCGAUAUAUCAGAAGGACAGUAUGGAGUUCUGAAACUGAUACAGUCUACAGGAGAAAACAGAGACCGGGUUUAUGUUGACGUGAAGGAGCUGGGCCUUGCUUUAGAAGGCAAGGAUGUGUGGGUUAGAGCACGUCUGCAAACUUCCCGCGGGAUAGGGAAGCAAUGCUUCGCCGUGCUUCGGCAGAACUCCAGCACAGUGCAGCUGUUGAUGCGAGUCAGUGACAGAGUCAGCAAGCAGAUGGUCAAGUUUACAGGAAAUAUAACAAAAGAGUCAAUAGUGGACAUAUACGCCACAGUAGUAAAGACAUCUCCAGCAGUGGAGUCCUGCACAGUACAAGACGUGGAACUGGCAGGGCUGCAAGUGUGGGUGGUGUCCAGUGCGAAGCCCCAACUGCCUUUGCAAAUAGAGGAUGCUUCCAGACCUGAAACAGAUGAUCCCGAAGGACUGAAAAUCCGUGUCAACCAGGACACGCGUCUGGACAACCGCGUGCUAGACCUCCGUACUCCGGCAAACCAAGCCAUAUUCAGGCUCGAAGCUGGCGUUUGUAGACUCUUCAGAGACAUUUUGACUAAAAGAGGUUUCGUAGAAAUCCACACACCAAAGAUCAUCUCGGCGGCGUCAGAGGGCGGCGCGAACGUUUUCACAGUCUCUUACUUCAAGUCGUCCGCCUACUUAGCGCAGAGUCCUCAGCUGUACAAGCAGAUGGCCAUUGCCGCCGAUUUCGAUAAGGUGUUCACAGUGGGAGCGGUGUUUCGGGCGGAAGACUCGAACACUCACCGUCAUCUGACGGAGUUCGUCGGUUUGGACCUCGAGAUGUCGUUCAAACAUCACUACCACGAAGUGCUGGACACCAUUGGACAGACGUUCACUGACAUAUUCCGAGGGUUACAAGACCAAUACGCAUCAGAAAUAGCGACGGUGGGGCAACAAUUCAAAGUGGAGCCCUUCAAAUUCCUGGACCCUCCUCUGAGGCUGGAGUUCCCUCAGGCUAUCAGCAUGCUGAAGGAAGCUGGAGUAACGGUGGGCGAAGAAGACGACCUUUCAACUCCAGAUGAGAAAUUAUUAGGGAGACUGGUGCGAGCCAAAUACGAUACGGACUUCUACAUACUGGACAAGUACCCUCUAGCCGUGCGACCCUUUUAUACCAUGCCCGACCCUAACAACCCGAAAGCGUCAAACUCGUAUGACAUGUUCAUGCGUGGGGAGGAGAUCCUGAGCGGCGCGCAGAGGAUCCACGACCCGGAGUUCCUCACCGAGAGAGCGAAGCACCACGGCAUCGAUAUAAGCAAAAUCGCCGCAUACAUCGAGUCCUUCCGCCUGGGCUGCCCGCCGCAUGCAGGCGGCGGCAUCGGCAUGGAGCGAGUGGUGAUGCUGUACCUGGGUUUGGACAACAUCAGGAAGACGUCCAUGUUCCCGCGCGACCCCAAGCGUGUCACGCCCUGAACUGAGCGUACUAUAAGUGUCAAAAAACUGCAAAAUAUUGUACCAAAUGUAUGUAAUUAAAAUGUAUUUAAACUUGU